UUUUACUAUACUCAGACAGAAAGUGAGACAGUAACGAGUGGCGCAUUGUUAAAUGAGUAACGCCUGUAACUCUUGGAUUUCGCUGUGUGAUUUGACUCUAACUGCUCCAAGUCGAGAUGUUUGGCUUUCAUAAGCCGAAGAUGUACCGCAGCCUUGAUGGAUGCUGCAUCUGCAGGGCAAAAUCCUCCAGCUCUCGUUUCACUGACAGCAAACGCUAUGAGAGAGACUUUCAGAGCUGCUUUGGUUUAGGGGAGACUCGCUCUGGUGAAAUCUGCAAUGCUUGUGUUCUGCUGGUGAAACGCUGGAAGAAGCUUCCCGUAGGUUCCAAGAAGAACUGGAAUCAUGUGGUUGAUGCGCGAGGGGGGCCCAGUCUGAAAACUACAGUGAAGUCAAAGAAAGUCAAAUCCCUGUCCACACGGAUCCGACCGAACCAGCUCAGCAGAGUUCAGAAGGAACUGAAGAGACACAAUUCAGAUGCUCACAGCACCACUUCCAGCACAAGCCCCGCCCAGUCGCCCAGCUACAGUAACCAAUCAGAUGAAGGCUCUGACUCUGAGUUGACUCCUGGCUCCGCCCGCUCUCCAGUCUUUUCCUUCUUGGACCUGACGUACUGGAAAAGGCAGCGGGUAUGUUGUGGCAUCAUCUAUAAAGGUCGCUUUGGGGAGGUUCUGAUUGACCCUCAUCUCUUCAAGCCCUGCUGUCAGAAAAAACAGGAGCAAGAGCAAGAUGAAGAAGAGGAGGAGGAGGAAGAGGAAGAGGAGGACGGUGAUCUUGAGAAAGAGGAGGUGCAGAGCAGUCAAGAAAUUCUCUCGUCCAUUCAACCGCACUCCUCGCCUCAAAUUAAAAUGGAGCAGGAAGUGGACGAGAAGUGGUGAUGCCACAUUCCCACAGUACUGAUGUGGCAUUCUUAGGAAGCCUUCGAGAGUCGAAACCCCUCUUUACACUCUCAAAGACGUUUUCUCGGAUUGCCUUCGAUUCAAGAGCAGCUGGAUCUUUGUUCAUUUUCCUGUUUCCUUCUUCCUUGUUGAGAAUGUGUCUCUUUCAUUUCCUCCGCAGUCAAAUCAACCUUUAUUUAUCAAACUGAACUGACGUCCUUGUUUGCCAGUGCCUGGUACCACACUGUUCCCUUUCCUAUGAGGAUUUUUGUUUUUUUGUAGACCAGAGAAAAUGAGUUUCAUUUUUUGCUAUCCCACUCAAAACACAGAAUGCUGGAACUACAUACAUCAUGCAUAGAAAUCUAGACAGUGACCACAAUGCUACGCUGUCACUUUUGUACCCUUGAACACCAUUCUGCCCUUCCUUAUGGGAGUCUCUCUGCACUUAGUGUACAGUAUUUAGUAUACAGCAAGCGGCAUCUGCUAAAUUGUAGCCCAUUUUGCUGGGAUAUAACCAUUAUUUAGGGAAGAUCUUUGCCUUUUAUAUAUUUAUUUUUUCUGUCUUUGUCUUUAUCGUUAAGGUGUACUCUGAUUUUUUCCUCUCUGUUAUAUUCAAAGGGGCAGGGUUUUUAUUUUAUUUAUUUUUUUAUAAAAAGUUUUGUCAUUCUGUCGUUCACCCUUAUGCUGUUCCAAACCUCUUUCAAUUUCUUUCUUUUUUUCGUGGAACAAAAAAAGUUAGUUUUUGAAGAUCAUCUAGUUGCUUUAUUCAAAAUAAUGGAAGUGAAUGGGGACUGGAGCUGUCAAGCUCCAAAGUCACUAAAGCAACCCAAAAGUAUCUUAAAAAUUGAGCUGUGCUCUAAGCUCCAAGUCUUUUAUAGCCAUAUGAUAGCGAUAAACCAAAGUUUAUCUCAUAUGGACUACAUUUGAGACAUUUUUACAGUGCUUUUUGUCAAUUUGGAGCUUGACUGCUUCAGGUCCCCUUCACUUUUACAAUACAGAAAAGAUUUUUUGAUUUUAUGUAAGGAAAGUGAAGUGUGAUGAUGUGAAGGUGAAUUAAGGACAACAGAUUUGUUGUUUUAGGGUGAACUGUCACUUUUAAACCCUGAUUUCAGUUGUUGUCUGUAUUCAGCCUCUAAUAGGCAACUAACUCAACUUAUAGUGUUUUACUGCAAACGCUUCUCCAGACAGCAUUCUGUGGUGCUGAGGCAGACUGGGCAUGGCCAACCAAAAAUAAUGCCUGGCUAUCAACACUCCUGUAUUCAGUGUACUAAUGUAAAUAUCCAAAAGUGUAGAUUUGAUUCCAGGUUUAUGGAAAAGAGCAUGAACGCUAAGGAAACUAUCUUAUGGAUGAAAUUUUGCAUGAAUUUUGCAUGGCAUUUUAAGAAGAUUUUAAUUUAUUUUUAAUUUGAUUUGCAACCAUGUUGCAACAUAAUGUAAUAAUAAUUAAGGCACAUUUUGAGACAGUCACAAUAUAUUUUUGUAGAUAAAUGCAAGAAAAUAACAAAAAUGAAAUCAGGCUUUGACUACAACAUGGCAUCUCAAGAUGUCAGUGUUGUUUAAUUAUUACAGGGAUUUACUUGUCCUCAGCUAUUUUUAAAAAUUGGAUAUUUUCAAUAUUGUCUCAUUCAAAGCCAAAAAGCCCAACAUUUUUGCUAUUUAUUCAAUCAUCUUAUAUACACGUGUAAAUACUGUGUUUUCACAAUGACAGAUACUGCUCCUUUUUUACUGUCAUUAAAGAAUUGAGCACAUGUUCUGAAUUUUUUGGUGUUAUUUUUUUAUUGUGAUUUUUUU